CUAAGAGCGGAAUUGCUGGGUCAUAUGGCAACUCUAUGUUUAACAUUUCGAGGAACUGCCAAGCUAUUUUUCAAAGUGGCUGCAUCAUUGUACAUUCUCACCAGCAAUGUAUGAAGGUUUCAAUUUCUCCAUACUCUCUUCAACACUUAUGGUCUGUUUUUUUAUUCUAAACAUCCUAGUGGGUGUGAAGUGGCAUCUCAUCAUGGUUUAGAUAGCAUGACUCCUGAACAGGUGGUUUGACUGCCAAGUUUAUUAAUUAGCUAGAAACGAGAAACACAGGGCCCAGCAUCAUGAUACUCCAAUUUUUAAAAUAUAACAUGUAAUAGGCUGGGCACAAUGGCUUACACCUGUAAUCCCAGCAAUUUGGGAGGCCGAGGUGGGAGAAUCACUUGAGCCCUAGAGCCUGAGACCAGCCUGGGCAACAUAGCAAGACCUCCUCUCUACUAAAACUUUUAAAAUUAACUAGGUGUGGUGACAUGCACUGUAGUCCCAGCUACUUGGGAGGCUAAAGGUGGAGGAUCACUUGAGACCAGGAGUUCAAAGCUGCAGUGAGUUGUGAUCCCACCACUGCACUCCAGCCCGGGCAACAGAGUGACGCUCUGCCUCAAAAAAAAAAAGAAAAUAUUUAAAAAAGUUGUAGUAAAACUGUUAUCAAUCUUUUUUGUUGCAAGUAUUUUCUAGAUGGCAUUAUACAGGUGGCAAUUUGUCAUGAAAAUUCAUACAGCAUUGGAGAUUUGCUAAAUUAUGCAUAAAAUUCCAAUUUUGAUAUUUUUCCUAUUCAAAACUUAUGCCUGAAUGGGGAGACCAGGAAAGGCUAGCUCCUGAAUCAGAGAUAAAGUGAGUAAAUAAAGUAGCAUUCCCCACAGGGCCCUUCCUCUGCCCUCAUUGGAACACAUUACAACUUAGAAACACAAGACACCUGUUCUGUGAUGGCAAUGUGAACUAUUAUUCCUGUCUAGAGACCUGCCCAUCUCCUCCAAGACUGGCCUGUCUUCAAAAAAGCAUUUGAUAAUCCAUUUGGGGGCGGCGGGGUUGGGGGAGGCUCAGAAAAAUGCAACCACUAAAAUUUCUCUGGAUGGAGUUUUCUUCAGUAAACAGUAGACCCUGGGAAACAUAACAGGUUCCGAAAACUUAAUUUUGAUGACUGAAAGUCAGAGAAACAGCCAGCUGAAUCAGCUCCUUCUUGGGCAGUGGUUUAGCCUGCUUACCUCAUAUCAGACCUAAUGGUCCAGCUGCUUUUCCUUGGUUCUAAAGAGUUCUAUUCUGGCCAGGACCCAUCCCGAGACAGACAUUUCUGUCUGCAGCCCUGAAAACUAGAGGUCAAUGGAAGGGCUCAAAUUAAAGGCCCACAGUUGGGCUUACAACUCUCCAUGGUGUUCAAGCCUUCUCAGAGGAGCUGGUGUGGUGGAGCCAGGGUCAAAGGUCAUAGUAAAUAGAAAGUAGCCAGCUUUCUGCCUGCAUAACAUCAUCUUGCCUAACCAGACUCAAAUGCUUAAUUCUACUGUAGUAUUCUUUGGACAUUCUUCUUUAGAACUAGGGGGGCCGGGGGGGGGUGUUUAUUUUCAACAACCACAAUCAUCCUUAUCUUUCUGAAGAUGUUUCCAAAGGCUGAGAACAGACCCCUUUCAGAACCUCCGUAGGAGAAGUAUUAACAGUUGGAAACAUGUCAGCUGCUUUAUGGAGGAAGCACAGCCCAGGCCUGGUUUCUCUGGGCUCCGUGAUAACUUGGGGCAAGGCAGCCAGUGCGAAGCGUGGUGGCAGGAGCUGGAGAGAUGGAGGGCGGCUCGGAGAAGGGCCCCUGCUUUUCAGAGUUGAAACAGGAGCCCUCUGAGAGAAAGAGAUACUGCGUGUGGCUUCUCUGAAGCCUUGGAGGGCGACGUGGAUGACACAGCAUCAGCCAUUCCAUCGCGGGGUGGGGACACAGUGGCGGCAGGAACCGUCCUCAGCCCCUGGCGGCCACGGCAGUUCCUCGCUGAAGCAUCCUUUGUGGGGUGUGGGUAGGGGAAGGGGACCAAAGUCGGGUCGGAGUUGAGUUUGUUAGACGGCGAACACGCUCAGGGCGGCAGCCCGAGUAAGAAGGAUGGCCCCGGGAGAGAAACGGCUCGAAGCUAGGGGCGGGGUGAAGCGCCUGCUCCUUAAUCUGCUGCCCCAUCAUCCACUCGCCCCACCUGGAUGCAGAGCGAGGACCGCGUGGAAAGGAAACGGCGCGGGCGGGGCUCCCUCUCGCAGAUGCCUCAGAGACCCAGAGGGGCGGCGUCAGGCCAGGGCCCCGAGCCCUACGCCCCCCAUCCCCCCAACUCCAGCGCCUCCGAGGUGCCCCUCUCGCAAUUCCGGGGCAUCACCGUGUCUCCCCCGCCUCCGUUAAAAUAGUGAAACAAACUGCGGAGUGAAGUGAUGGAAAGCCGGGGGCGGGGAGUCGCCCGCGCCGAGGGGCUGCAGGGGAGGGGGCGCGGUGGCAGAAUAAGGUGGCCGGCGAGCAACGGGACCAUUGGGAUCGCACUCAGUCGCGGCCUCCCGGACCCUUCCCCUCGGUCAGCCCGGCCCUCCCAUGGCCCGGGGCGCCUUGGGAGGGCGUAGGGCAAACCUGGGGCUGCGGUGGGGGGUGGGGAGGGGACUCCACCUCCAUCCAUCCCGGGAUGGCAACUGCGGUCACCCUGCUAAAGUCGGGGCGGGGGCGGCGGUGGGGACAGGCGGGUACCGCGGUCCUCCCCCUCACCCCCCCAGUCCGAGCGUCGCCGCCGCCGCCGCCGCCGCCGCCGCCGCGGCCGCUCAGUAACACGUCCCCAGGAGACUCGCAGGAGCAACACGUGAUGUGUCUACUUAUCAGGGUUGCUCCAACUGUGUGUUCCAGGAGUGGUGGCUCUGAGGUGUGACCCUGCCCACGUUUGGGCCCAGCCAGGUUCAGCCCCACAAUAAGGAGGGCAGCUUGAUAACACAAAGAAAACAGUGUCAACGAGUACUACCAAGAGAAGAAGAAAAGAGGUCAACACAGACUCAUUUUCUACUCCAUGUGAAUGAUAGCUACAGCAGGGGGAAGUUUCAUAGUCUAUCAGUUGGGUCAGAAAAUGGAGGUAAUCAGCAGUGUGGCGGGAGGGUUCUUCUUUCCAUUUUUUAGGGUAUGUUACCUGCUUUUUACAUAUUUUUUAAGAAACAGGCUUUUAUAUGUCAAUUUGAAAUUUGUUUGUAACUCUGAUAGCGUUGGCUUCUCAAUUCUCUUAUAAAAUUCAGGCUCCCCAUCAGAAUCACUAUAUUGCAGCAGUGGAGUUAAAUGAAACCUGAUGUUUCUCAUCACUAGUUUUAGGUCUGGAACGUUUGUGUAGUAGUGAAUGAGCCUAGAUUCUUAGGAGGGUGCUGCAGGGCGGCAGCUUUCUGGGCUUUGUCAUUGUUGGCUUGGCCUUUCCCACUCUGCCUAACCCAGAUUAGGAAAGGUAAAGAAACCUGCCCCUCAUGAGUUUGAGUCCUGUUGGCAGUGCACACUCAGAAAGGAGGCAAGGUUACUUCGUCCUUGGUAUGCCAAGACUUGGUUUAAAUGAAAGCUUCCGUCACUCUGGGCAUGAAUGUGGCCUUUAACUGGAGAAAGACAGUGUUGGAUGUUUUUGACCUGAAUUACAAUCAGAGUAGCCAUGGCCAGCGCUCCCUGGCAAUGACAGAAGCCUAAACUUCCCCAUGAUCACAUCAGCAAUUUCCAAUUUUCAGUUUUAUAGCAGAGGCUUCUUAGAAGCUUAAACCCCUGUCCCAAUGACGUCGCGUUCGCCCGUUGGCUUGGAAGGUUCAGACCUAUCUUCCAUCAACACCAUGAUGUCGGCGGUCAUGAGUGUAGGGAAGGUCACAGAGAAUGGCGGGAGCCCCCAGGGGAUCAAGUCCCCCUCGAAGCCUCCAGGACCAAAUCGGAUUGGCAGAAGGAACCAGGAAACGAAAGAGGAGAAGUCUUCCUAUAACUGCCCCCUGUGUGAGAAGAUUUGCACUACCCAGCACCAGCUGACCAUGCACAUUCGCCAGCACAACACAGACACUGGAGGAGCCGACCACUCAUGCAGCAUCUGCGGGAAGUCACUGAGCUCGGCCAGCUCCCUCGAUCGCCACAUGCUGGUGCACUCUGGCGAGAGGCCUUACAAGUGCACUGUGUGUGGCCAGUCAUUUACCACCAAUGGGAACAUGCACAGACAUAUGAAGAUCCAUGAGAAGGACCCUAACAGUGCCACAGCCACAGCCCCUCCAUCUCCUCUGAAACGUAGGCGAUUGUCCUCCAAGAGGAAACUGAGUCACGAUGCCGAGUCAGAGAGAGAAGACCCAGCACCAGCUAAAAAGAUGGUAGAAGACGGGCAGUCAGGUGACUCGGAGAAGAAAGCUGAUGAAGUCUUUCACUGCCCAGUAUGUUUCAAGGAGUUUGUUUGCAAGUAUGGACUGGAGACCCACAUGGAGACCCAUUCAGAUAACCCACUAAGAUGUGACAUUUGCUGCGUCACCUUUCGAACACAUCGAGGACUGCUGCGUCACAACGCGCUUGUCCACAAACAACUUCCCAGGGAUGCAAUGGGCAGGCCUUUCAUACAGAACAACCCUUCAAUUCCCGCUGGCUUCCACGACUUAGGAUUCACAGACUUCUCCUGUAGGAAGUUUCCUCGCAUUUCUCAGGCCUGGUGCGAAACAAACCUGCGGAGGUGCAUCAGCGAGCAACACCGUUUUGUCUGCGACACCUGUGACAAGGCGUUCCCCAUGCUCUGCUCACUGGCUCUGCACAAGCAGACCCACGUGGCGGCAGACCAGGGUCAAGAAAAGCCGCAGGCCACGGCCACGCCCCCGCCUGGUGACGCCCUGGACCAGAAGGGCUUCCUGGCCUUGCUUGGCCUGCAGCACACCAAAGACGUCAGGCCUGCCCCCGCCGAGGAGCCCCUGCCGGAUGACAACCAGGCAAUUCAGCUCCAGACACUCAAGUGUCAGCUACCUCAGGACCCCGGCUGCACCAACCUGCUGAGCCUGUCACCUUUCGAAGCUGCUUCCCUAGGCGGUUCUCUCACAGUUCUCCCUGCGACCAAGGACGGCAUAAAGCACCUGUCCCUGCAGCCCUUCCAGAAGGGCUUCAUCAUCCAGCCUGACAGCAGCAUUGUGGUCAAGCCCAUCUCUGGCGAGUCGGCCAUCGAGCUGGCAGACAUCCAGCAGAUUCUGAAGAUGGCGGCCUCGGCUCCUCCUCAGAUCAGUCUUCCGCCCUUCUCCAAGGCCCCCGCCGCCCCACUGCAGGCGAUCUUCAAGCACAUGCCCCCUCUGAAGCCAAAGCCCCUGGUCACACCACGGACGGUGGUGGCCACCUCCACGCCCCCGCCUCUCAUCAACGCCCAGCAGGCUUCCCCCGGCUGUAUCAGCCCCAGCCUGCCGCCACCGCCCCUGAAGCUCCUCAAAGGCUCGGUGGAGGCGGCCUCCAACGCCCACCUGCUGCAGUCCAAGUCCGGGACCCAGCCCAGCGCGGCCACGCGGCUCUCCCUGCAGCAGCCGCGGGCGGAGCUGCCGGGCCAGCCUGAGAUGAAGACGCAGCUGGAGCAGGACAGCAUCAUCGAGGCCCUGCUGCCGCUGAGCAUGGAGGCCAAGAUCAAGCAGGAGAUCACUGAGGGGGAGCUCAAGGCCUUCAUGACAGCGCCCAGCGGCAAGAAGACGCCCGCCAUGCGCAAGGUGCUCUACCCCUGCCGCUUCUGCAACCAGGUGUUUGCCUUCUCGGGGGUCUUGCGUGCCCACGUGCGCUCCCACCUGGGCAUCUCGCCAUACCAGUGCAACAUCUGCGACUACAUCGCCGCCGACAAGGCCGCGCUCAUCCGCCACCUGCGCACGCACAGUGGGGAGCGGCCCUACAUUUGCAAGAUCUGCCACUACCCCUUCACUGUUAAAGCCAACUGCGAGCGGCACCUACGCAAGAAGCACCUCAAGGCCACCCGCAAGGAUAUCGAGAAGAAUAUCGAGUAUGUGAGUAGCAGCGCGGCCGAGCUAGUGGAUGCCUUCUGCGCCCCGGACACCGUGUGCCGGCUGUGCGGUGAGGACCUCAAGCACUACCGUGCCCUGCGCAUCCACAUGCGCACGCACUGCGGCCGCGGCCUGGGCGGGGGCCACAAGGGCCGCAAGCCCUUUGAGUGCAAGGAGUGCAGCGCCGCCUUCGCGGCCAAGCGCAACUGCAUCCACCACAUCCUCAAGCAGCACCUGCACGUGCCCGAGCAGGACAUCGAGAGCUACGUGCUGGCCGCCGACGGCCUGGGCCCCGCAGAGGCGCCGGCCGCUGAGGCCUCGGGGCGCGGGGAGGACAGUGGCUGCGCUGCCCUUGGUGACUGCAAGCCCCUCACUGCCUUCCUGGAGCCCCAGAACGGCUUUCUUCACAGGGGCCCCACCCAGCCUCCACCUCCCCAAGUCUCGAUCAAGUUGGAGCCCUCCAGUAGCUUUGCAGUGGACUUCAAUGAGCCCCUGGACUUCUCUCAGAAGGGCCUGGCACUGGUCCAAGUGAAGCAGGAAAACAUCUCCUUUCUGAGCCCUUCUUCCCUGGCCCCCUACGACUGCUCCAUGGAGCCCAUCGACCUGUCCAUCCCCAAGAACUUCAGGAAAGGGGACAAGGAUUUGGCCACUCCCAGCGAAGCCAAGAAGCCUGAGCAGGAGGCGGGGAGCAGCGAGCAGCCCUCUCCCUGUCCAGCACCCGGCCCUUCUCUUCCUGUGACUUUGGGGCCCAGCGGGAUCCUGGAAAGCCCCAUGGCCCCUGCGCCGGCGGCCACCCCGGAACCCCCAGCGCAGCCCCUGCAGGGCCCUGUUCAGCUGGCGGUCCCAAUCUACUCCUCAGCCCUGGUCAGCAGCCCUCCGCUCGUGGGCAGCUCAGCCCUCCUGAGUGGCACAGCCUUGUUGCGUCCACUGCGGCCCAAGCCCCCCCUGCUUUUGCCAAAGCCCCCCGUGACCGAAGAGCUGCCCCCGCUGGCCUCCAUUGCCCAGAUCAUCUCAUCUGUGUCCUCGGCCCCCACCCUGCUGAAAACCAAGGUGGCGGACCCAGGGCCCGCAAGCACUGGCAGUAACACCACGGCUUCAGACAGCUUAGGAGGCUCUGUCCCCAAAGCCGCCACCACCGCCGCCCCCGCUGCCACCACCAGCCCAAAAGAGUCUAGUGAGCCUCCCGCUCCAGCCAGCAGCCCAGAGGCUGCCUCUCCCACUGAGCAGUGCCCAGCGGGCACGUCGAAGAAGAGGGGCCGGAAAAGGGGGGUGAGGAGCCGACCCCGCGCCAACAGCAGCGGGGUGGACCUGGACUCCAGCGGGGAGUUUGCCAGUAUCGAGAAGAUGCUGGCCACCACAGACACCAACAAGUUCAGUCCGUUUCUGCAGACAGCAGAGGACAACACUCAGGAUGAGGUGGCCGGAGCCCCUGCUGACCACCACGGGCCCAGUGAUGAAGAGCAGGGCAGUCCCCCAGAAGACAAGCUGCUGAGGGCCAAGCGGAACUCGUACACCAACUGCCUGCAGAAGAUCACCUGUCCCCACUGUCCCCGGGUUUUCCCUUGGGCCAGCUCCCUACAGAGGCACAUGCUCACACACACUGGUCAGAAACCCUUCCCUUGUCAAAAAUGCGAUGCCUUCUUUUCUACCAAAUCUAACUGUGAACGCCACCAGUUGCGCAAACACGGAGUUACCACCUGUUCCCUGAGAAGAAACGGGCUUAUCCCCCAGUCAAAAGAGAGUGAUGUUGGAUCCCAUGAUAGCACAGACAGUCAGUCGGAUGCGGAGACUGCAGCCGCCGCGGGCGAAGUGCUAGACCUCACCUCACGGGACAGAGAGCAGCCGUCGGAGGGCGCCACUGAGCUCCGCCAGGUCGCAGGGGAUGCCCCUGUGGAGCAGGCCGAGGCGGAAACGGCCUCGCCAGUGCACCGGGAAGAGCACGCGCCUGGGGAGAGCCAGGAGCCGGAGGAGGAGCAUGGCACUGAGGAGAGCGCUGGGGACGCCGACUGCGCGGAAGAGGACGCAUCGAGCAACCAGAGCCUGGACCUGGACUUCGCCAGCAAGCUCAUGGACUUCAAGCUGGCCGAGGGCGAGGGCGAGGCAGGCGCGGGGGGCGCGGCCUCGCAGGAGCAGAAGCUCGCCUGUGACACCUGUGGGAAGAGCUUCAAGUUCCUGGGCACCCUGAGCCGCCACCGGAAGGCGCACGGCCGCCAGGAUCCCAAGGACGAGAAGGGAGAUGGUGCCAGCACUGCAGAGGAGGGGCCGCAGCCUGCCCCUGAACAGGAGGAGAACCCCCCCGAGACCCCGGUGGGGGUGGUGGAGUCGGCCCCGGGUGCCGGGGAGGCCUCGGUGGAAAAGCCCGCGGAGGAGACUGAGGGCCCCUCCGACGGGGAGAGCGCGGCCGAGAAAAGGUCCUCGGAGAAGAGCGACGAUGACAAGAAACCAAAGACAGACUCCCCCAAAAGCGUGGCCAGCAAGGCAGACAAGAGGAAGAAGGUCUGCAGCGUGUGCAACAAGCGGUUCUGGUCGCUGCAGGACCUCACGCGGCACAUGCGCUCCCACACAGGGGAAAGGCCAUACAAAUGUCAGACCUGUGAGCGAACCUUCACCUUGAAGCACAGCCUGGUUCGCCACCAGCGGAUCCACCAGAAAGCCAGGCAUGCCAAACACCACGGGAGGGACAGCGACAAGGAAGAGCGGGGUGAGGAGGACAGCGAGAACGAGUCCACCCACAGCGGCAACAACCCGGUCUCAGAGAACGAGGCUGAGCUGGCUCCCAACGCCAACAACCACAUGGCCGUCACCCGGAGCCGGAAAGAGGGCUUGGCCAGUGCCACCAAGGACUGCAGCCACAGGGAGGAGAAGGUCAUGGCAGGGCGGCCGUCUGAGCCUGGCCAGGGUGACCUUAAACCAGAGAGCCCAGCGGCCCUGGGGCAGGACCUGCUGGAGCCGCGCAGCAAGAGGCCUGCCCACCCAACCCUGGCCACAGCUGAUGGCGCCUCCCAGCUCCUGGGGAUGGAGUGACAGCCUCAGUCCCCCUCAGCACAGACAAAAGCUAGCAGAGCAAAGCGUCUAUACUUCAUGGGGUUUCCUCAGUGCCCUUUGACUGUUGGGGAGUAAGAGAGAGAGAGAGUGCGAGAGACAAGCAGGAGCGUGGCUGCUCGCUCAGUGCCAUAGCCUUACCGCAGCCUGCGCGGGAGGCCACAGCCCAUGCCGAUUCCAGUGCCUUAACUACUUACCGGAUCCCUCCAUAUUAUCGUGGGUGUUGUAUUUUUCCAAAAUGACUUCUUAAACGAAACAAAUAUUAUAAUGAAUUGUCUGGAGAGGACCUCUUCAUUUGAGCAUUAGCGUUAUUUUGUAUUGGUGUGUGUGAGCUUGUUCUUGUGAAUCUGUGAUAGCACCGUUUGUUCUGUGAGCUGGAAACAGAAGGAAAAAACAUACCCUUGGGUACCCAUAGCCAAUAACUGGAAGAAAAUGAUGUGAAUGUCAUGUAAAUGACCAGAGGAAAGAUGGAUAAGAUGAUAAUUUCUUAAACAGACAUUUUCCUUUUUUCUGUGUGCUUCAUGGUGGAGCUGUCAUCUGGUCCUUGGUAUUACAGGAUGUGGUUGAUGAAGGUUUCCAAUAUGGUUUCAAGCCAAAACCAGGAAAGAUUUUAGCUUCAGCCUCAUGUCCGUUUCCAGUCUGUCAGCAUUAGACAUGGUCACUGUUCAAGUUUCAAGACAUCCAUUCUUAACUAUAGAGAAGAGUUACUCCCCUGGCGUCUUAACCUAUGGAAAACAUGCACGGAUAGCAUAUAUUUGAUUGCCUCCUCUUCCCUUUCAGUAUAUGUAUUAUUAAUAUUAUUAUUAUUAUUAUUAGUUCAUCAGUUUGCUGUUCUCUGCAGUGAGCAGAAUCAAAUGGGCAAUAUUUGUCCUGGGAGACCUGUGCCACACCCAGGUCCCCGUGUUAACGUGUGCCUGUGGCUGUGGUUGGCACCCUCAGGUGGUAGCUCUUCUACUGUAAUGAGACAAGCCUUUCUUCUGUCACUGCAGAAUUUAGCAGGGGCCGUGAGCAGUCUUCCCAAGCACGGCCCAGGAGCAGCUCAGAGAGGGUGGAGUGAGGAUGCGUGCAUCCAGGGAACAGGCAUCAAGAAGCCAGGGCUGUACCUGGAGCACUGCAGAGAUGACUUUGGAGAAAGCAAAGCAGUGACCCAGUGACCAGGCACGUUACUCAUGAGCGAGGUAUUCCCAGUCUUCCUGCUAAGCCUAAUCCAAGCCUUACCCAGCUGUGCUACUGUCAUUUGCAAAGCAAGGAAAUACUACUACUGGUAAUAAAACUACACAUGCAAGAUGUCAGAUGAGAAAUAGGUUUAUAUUUACCUUCCUGCGAUGUGGGGUUGGUGCUUGAAGAUAAAUGUGCUGUUUCUAGUUUCCUAAAUAGCCCAAACCCCUGGGUGCAAAAAGGCAGGAUUAUUUUUACCCAUGAGCAUCCUAUGCAGGCAAUAGACUUCCCUCACUGUCCCCGCCUGCAGGGAGGAGAAUGUACCCCACUGUACCUGAGCUCCUGGUCCCUCAGCCAAGACCCCAGGGGCCCCCAGCCAGCCUGCUGCUGGGGACCCCUGUGCUUGCUGCAGUGUGUGGAGCCUCUUGCCUUCCCCUGGGGAGGCACCCCUGUACCCCACCUUCCUUCCCCUGGCCUUUUCUGGCCCCAAUGCUCCUCCUCUACGUAGACUUGUUCGCACAGAAACAUGCACACCCCCUUUUCUCCGCCACUUCACCAGUUUCUGAAAUCCAACCUCCCAGCCUUCAAAGGAAGAUAGAUAUUCUUGAGAUAAUGAAAAGUGAUAUCUUCGCAUACGAAAGGAAAAAAGGUUGAGGUAUAUAUGAUUUUUAACUGUAUUAGGGAUGUAUGAACCAGUUUAAAAACGAGGUUUUAUUUACUGUAGAGAUGGAUGCAAAUCAGAACCAAUGAUCCCUUGGUCUACUUAGUUAAAACCAGUUCAUACAUCCCUUAGGUUUUUUUUUAUUAUUAUUAUUACAGUUGUUAUUGUUAUUUUUGUUGUUAUUAUUAUUUGGGGUUUCUUGUGUUUUUUCUUUGCGACUCUCCACACUAAACUUGCAAUAUUGUGGGGAGAAGCUGUGACUAAACUCUACGCUGCGGUGAGAUGUAGCAGUAAUCAGCUCCCAGCGACGUGUGUAGCCGGGGCUGCCGCUCGCAAUAAUCACUAUUGAUUUAAAGCUUUACUUAGCCUUGAUCUGUACCCUUGUAGUCAAUAAGGUCUUGCCACAUUUUAUUAGUGAGGUGGAGAAACGUAUUAUUUGUUUGUUGUUUUUGCCCUUCCCCCACCCCCCAAUAUUAAACUGUGAAAUUUGUGAUUUGUUUAAACUCUGGGUGAAUCAUAGCUUAGUUUGCAUGUCCAGCUAAUUUGUUUCUAUACAUUUUGUUUGAUUCUCUUUCUCCUUCUCUCAGGGCUUUUACAAAAAAAUAUAUAUAUAUGGAUCUUCUGAAAAGUUUUUUGAGGUGCAAGUUUUUUCUCUUGUUUUUUGUUUUUCUCAUUGAUUAAUGGACAUGAUGCUGAGAUUCAAUCACUACAUGAAACACCUGGCUGUGAAAACAAAACAACCCAGAGGGCUGUUUUCCAGGCAGCUCUGGGGAAGCUACGUAACAGUCGGAUGCCAGUUUCGGGAAGAUUCACCAUACGUUCUGACCCUCUGUUCGUCUCUUUCCUCUCCUCUUUCUUCAAGAAGGAAAUUGAUCCUAGUGAUUUCAGCCCAUGCAUUAAACAGGAAACAAAAAUAAAUUUGUAGAAUUCAUAUUUUUCUAAAGGGAACUUAAAAACUGCUGCUACAUGUUAUGUACAAAACUGGUUUAUGCCACAUGAACAGAGAAUCACAAGUUUGGUUUUGGUACUUUUUGUUCCUCUUUGUAUUCAGUUGUAUAGAACUUCCAAAUUCAGAAUGAGAAGAAAGCUGUUCUGUAUCAAACCAUCUAAGCAAUAAAUGUUAUAUUUUAAAAGCGGCAGAUUGCCGGUCA